UUUUUUUUCUUUUCUUUUUUUUCCCCAUUUUUUUUAUUUAUUUAUUUAUUUAUUUUUUCUUUUUACCUUAUAUAAUAAUAAUUAUAUUCUAAUUUUACUGUCCUUUAUAUCGCCACCCCUUUCCAUUCAUUAUGCAACUAAAAACUAUUUUAGCCACUGUACCCAUGGUUAUGACUAUGGCAUUACAAGUAUCAGCUCAAGUAUCUCAAGUAGUAGACGCUAAUAAUUUUUGUGUUUACUUACCACCACCUGAUUCAACCAAUCGUAACAUUGCUGAUACUGAAUGGAAUGCUCAAGCUUAUUGUCUUGGAAGUACUCCUCUUGCUGCCAAAGCUAACAAGAUGCCUGACGGUUUCAUUCAAUCAGCUCACUUUGUCGCUACAAACGAAUACGUUCAAGUGACAGGACAAAUUGAUCCUGCUAAAGCUAAUUUAAAUGUCACUGAUGAUGGUGGUCAAAUGGAUAUCGCUGCUCCCAAGGGUUCUUCCUGUGCUGGAUGGAAAUUUUAUGUGAAUAUGAUUGAACCUACUGGAAAUACUUAUUGUAUGCGUUGUUGCAAUGACAAGGUGACCUGUAACCGUGGUAUUUCCGAAAAGGGUUGUGCUCAUGUUAUUCCUGGUGAUUAUAGUGGACCUAUGACUGGUAGCGGAUCUGGUAAAGGAUCUGGUAAUACUCAACCUUCUGUUUCUGUUUCUAUUUCUUCUUCAUCUGCUUCUGCUUCCUCCUCUUCCUCCUCUUCUGCCUCUUCUUCCUCUGCCUCUUCUUCUUCUGCCUCUUCCUCUCCUUCUCCUUCCAAACUUGAUACACAAGCAUCUUCUUCCAAUGGUAACCCCUCUUCUGCGAAUGACUCUGGUAAAGUUUCUGCUCAAUCUGUGAACGCCGCUGGUAUCUCUUAUCCUACCACCGCACUUACCUUGUUAGCUAUUGUAUUUGUCAUGUUGACUCAAUGAUCAUCCUUCUCACUUCUUUGUUAUCUACUAUUUACUUUGUAGCUAUUAGUUUAUUUAUGUUAUAUUUAUAAAAAAAUUUUUUUUUUUUACUUUAAUACUUGUUAUCCUUACACUUAUUCCUUUACUUUAUUCUCUCGUUGUAUCUUUUCUUUUUUCUGUAUACCAAAUGAUUAAAAUAAUAAAUUACUGUCCUUAUAAUCCCGA